AUGAGUGGGAAUGGGGCUGGCAGGGCGGGAAUUUCAGGGCCAGAUGAGCGGGAAUUCCGUGGGUUCUUCCCGCAGAUCCUGGCUCUGGCUCAGCAGAGGGGCCGGCGGGUGAAGGUGGUCGGGGGCGGCCACUCCCCCUCCGACAUCGCCUGCACCGACGGGUUCCUCCUGCACCUGGGACACAUGGACAGCGUCCUGCAGGCGGACCGGGAGAAGCUGCAGGUGACGGUGGAGGGCGGGAUCCUCCUGUCCCGCCUCAACGCGGCGCUGGACGAGCUCGGCAUGGCCCUGCCCAAUUUAGGGGCGGUGUCGGAGGUGACGGCGGGCGGAGUGAUCGGCACCGGCACCCACAACACCGGCAUCGCCCACGGCAUCCUCCCCACCAUGGUGGUGGCCGUGACGCUCCUGACGGCCUCGGGGGACAUCCUGGAAUGUUCGGAAUCCCGGAACUCGGAGCUUUUCCCGGCGGCGCGGCUGCACCUGGGCAGCCUGGGGGUGGUGCUGAGCGUCACCUUCCAGUGCGUGCCCAAAUUCCAGCUGCGGGAGGUGGCGUUUCCCGGCUCCCUGCCGCAGGUGCUGGAUCAGCUGGAUCUCCACCUGCGCUCAUCCCAAUAUUUCCGCUUCCUGUGGUUCCCGCACAGCGACCACGUCCGGAUCAUCUACCAGGACCCCACGGAUCUGCAGGCUCCCAGCUCCCCUCCGUCCAGCUGGCUCUGGGAUCGCGCCGUGGGGCAUCACCUGCUGGAAUUCCUGCUCUGGAUCAG